UCCUCCGGGCCCAGCCGGUCUCCGCAGACCUGAGGCCUGGAACCCGGGCGCCCGCAGCCCCGCGCCCCCGCGCCCGUCCCCCCGUGCGGCGUCAGCCCGUCCGGAGCGCGCGGGCGGCGGGAUCGCGGCGGACCUGGGUCCACGCCGCGCAGCCUCGGGUCCCGCGGGCGCCGGGGAGAGAGGCGGGGCGGCGGGCCGGGGCGGAGCGGAGCGGCGGCCGAGAGCCGAGAGCCGAGAGCCGUCCCUGCUCUGUGUCCGCCGGCCGCCAGGCGCAGCCAUGGAGGUCUACAUCCCGUCCUUUCGCUACGAGGAGAGUGACCUGGAGCGGGGAUACACGGUGUUUAAGAUAGAAGUGCUAAUGAAUGGAAGAAAACAUUUUGUUGAGAAAAGGUACAGCGAAUUUCAUGCCUUGCACAAAAAGCUUAAGAAAUGUAUUAAAACUCCAGAAAUCCCUUCAAAACAUGUGAGGAACUGGGUCCCAAAAGUGUUGGAACAACGACGACAAGGCUUGGAAACAUAUUUACAGGCUGUCAUUUUAGAAAAUGAAGAACUUCCCAAACUGUUUCUUGAUUUCCUAAACAUACGGCACUUGCCAUCUCUACCGAAGGCGGAGAGUUGUGGGUCUUUUGAGGAGACAGAAUCUGAAGAGUCAAGCAAACUGUCCCACCAGCCGGUGCUGCUGUUCCUCCGGGAUCCAUACGUCUUGCCUGCAGCCAGCGAUUACCCUAAUGUGGUUAUUGAAGGAGUUCUCCAUGGGAUCUUCUACCCUCACCUGCAGCCCAGGUAGAAAGCCUGCGGGGCCGGAAGAAGCUGAAGCCCGUUUCAACGUUGUAGUCAAGGAAAUCGAUCACCUACCAAAUUAACCUAAACUCUCUGACAUAGCAGCUCUAGCUAGUGGUGAAAUUCACAGGCCCGGCUUCACUCAGGGCAGGGACAUUUCCAUUAGAAUGGUGCUUUUAAAAAUAGAAACUGAACCAGGGCUGUGCUGAGGUCAAAGCCAAAUGUUCAAGGCGUAGAAUGUACGGUAGCUGCCAAUUUAGAAACCCAGGAGCAGGAGGCUCGGGAAGAUCCCCGGGAGCACCCAGUGCGACAAAGCCUAGUGACUCUCGGCCUCACUUGGACCGUCUGCUAAUUGAAAAUCUUAUCCUGAGUUGUACUGAGGCUGAUCAACUCCGGUACUUUCUGGUUCAGAUUUUGUGACACACUCAUGUUUUCAUGCUGAGGUUUUCUCGGCCGGGGAUAGAUACAUUCUGAAGUGCGGGCACCAGAAGGGUAUCACAGAAACGCACACUGCUGACUAUGAGGAAGGCGCUAAACUGGACAUUAAAUUCUGCUGACAGUGUUAGGGCACGUUUUUUUGUGUUUUUUUUUUUGAUUUUUCAUAGAGAGGAAGGGAGAGGGAUAGAAAGCUAGAAACAUCGAUGAGAGAGAGACAUCGACCAGCUGCCUCCUGCACAUCCCCCACCACCGGGGGAUGUGUCCACAACCAAUGUACAUGCCCUUGACCGGAAUCGAACCUGGGACCUUCCAGUCCGCAGACCGACGCUCUAUCCACUGAGCCAACCCGGUUUCGGCAAGGGCACAUUUUAAAUCAUGGCGUUUUUAAUUGACAUGACAGUGGAGUUGAGUCAUAUCCAGGGGUUAGCAUCUAAUGUCAGUACAUGAGGUAAAAGGAAAGCCCUUUGGGAAGGCAUCAUGUUGGAAAUCUGUUCACAUCUACAAUGACCAUUUUUUCCUCCGGUGUUGGGAGAAAGGACUGCUUCUUCCAUUGAAGACCAAUUGAAAUUGUUGGUGUUUGUUUGGGGGCUACACAUACCUUUAAACACUAGCGUCACACUUACCCCUGCAAGAUGCUUGUCCCCUGAGACAGCGUGGGCACUGACCGUGACUGAGCGGACACCGAAUUGACAGCACUCACCUUGGUUUACACAGGGCGUCCAUUCAUUGAAUAGGUGGUAUUGCCAUGGGAUUUACUGUUAUUUUUCUUACUGUUUCCUUUUUCACUGACCUCAUAUCUUGAAUUAAUGUAAGUUAAAUGUGUUUAUGAUAGGACUCCACUGUACACCUUAUGGACAUUCAGAAUUUGAGUAGUAAGUGAUAUAAGCAUAUGUGCAACCUGUAUGUAUGUGCUGUUAUUUGGGCAUUUCAUUGAAAACUAAUUAAUUAAUAGCUAAAUUAUUUAUGAUUAUUAAUUUUAAUAAGCUUCUGUGUGGGAGAGAAGAAUAUUUAGAUUCAAAACUAAUUACUGAAUCAUGUUAUUUGAUUAAGAUAUAAAUAUACAAGUUUAAAGCCUGAUGCAAACUUUUUAGAGAUAUGUUUAUGAUAGAUAUGGUACCACAUAUUAGGAACAAGCAAGAACUACUCAAUGUCAUCAACCAAAAAUAACUGAAUGGUCAAGUGUUGGAGAUAUUUUUUUAAUGUUUUUGUUAUUAGCUAUUUUGAGUUAAAUAAAAACAAAGAACAAGAAAUAUUUGAA